AUGGAGCUCAUCCAGGCCACCCAGGUUUCUUUGCUGCCUCAGGAAGCCCCUACAGCUCUCUGGAGUAACAACUCUGCGCCACCCUACUCCCAUUUCCUGCUUCUCUCCACUCCCUCUGAACCGCUUGUCAGUUUCAACCCAGCCAACGGUUCUUUACUCUUUAACACCACCUGCCAAAACUGCACUAAAACUAAACCCGGAUCCCUCCCUGGUUUGGCUGGAGUCUUUAUCCCUCUUAUUUAUGGGAUAGUCUGUAUCGUUGGCUUGGUGGGGAACACUCUGGUCAUCCAUGUUGUUGUCAACUACACAAAGAAUGAGUCAGUCACAAACAUCUACAUCCUCAACCUAGCCAUUGCUGAUGAGCUUUUCAUGCUGGGUCUGCCCUUCUUGGCGGUGCAGAACGCUUUGCUCUCGUGGCCCUUCGGGUCGCUCAUGUGCCGUGUGGUCAUGACAGUGGACGCUAUCAACCAGUUUACCAGCAUCUUCUGUCUGACUGUGAUGUCGGUGGACCGGUACCUGGCAGUGGUGCACCCCAUCCGGUCCUCCUGGUGGCGGCGCCCCCGUGUGGCCAAGGCAAUCAGUGCCACAGUUUGGGCAGGCUCCUUUGUCGUAGUGCUGCCAGUGGUGGUGUUUGCGGAUGUCCUGAAGGAUGAUGGAAACUGCAGCAUCGUGUGGCCUGAACCAGCAGAGGUGUGGAAGACUUCUUUCAUCGUGUACACGUGCACUGUUGGUUUCUUCUGCCCCCUGCUGGUCAUCUGCCUGUGCUACCUGCUGAUCGUCAUCAAGGUGCGAAGCGUUGGAAAACGGGCGCAGGCCACAUCGUCCAGACGCAGGAAGUCCGAGCGUAAAAUCACCAGGAUGGUGGUGGUUGUUGUGGCGGUGUUUGUCUUCUGCUGGCUACCGUUCUACGCCCUCAACAUCCUCAACCUCCUCGUGGUCCUGCCUGGGGACUUCAGGGGGCUUUACUUUUUCGUUGUUGUGCUUUCGUAUGCGAACAGCUGUGCCAACCCCAUACUGUACGGAUUUCUGUCUGACAACUUCAAGAGAGGCUUCAGGAAGGCUCUGUGCCGCACUUCGCGCAGGGUGAAGAGCAACGACAGGGCCGGCACCGAGGUACAGCGACCCACAGAGGAGUGGGGCGGCAUUGUGCUCCAACCGCAAAAAAGUGAGGGAGCCACCAGCGUGCACAGGAACAACUCUGGCGAGGAAGAGGUGGAAGUCAACGGAACAGAGGGUGCCGUGCCGCUGAGAGAAAUAUGCAAAACUUCACAGAAUGGAAACCACAACGGAGUAAAAGAGGGUUCAAGGACACAGGCGGUGCAGAGGGGGAAGCCUGAGCAGGGCACUGGCUCUGAAGAAUUCUUGGACAAAAACUCGGUGCUCGACAUCAGCUAUCUGUAA